CACCGGGUGCUGAACUACAAAUCAUCGUGGACGGAGGUGUGUACCAGUGCCGGAGACGGAAUUCUAGGAAGAGAAAGAUGCCAUAUUCAAAGAAAGGUACCAGAGGAGAGUCACGGCCUAGACACCGGCCAUCGUCAGAGUUUAACCCAGUUGACAAUAACGGAUCGAGGCCAAGGACGAGUCGGACAGUACCAGUGCGCAGAACCUUCGUAGAGGACCAACCAAGAUAUGAGGAGCGAGAGAGACCAUCCCUUUUAAGCUUCCCUAUCACGGAAACGGUGCGUCAGACACCAAUUGUGCCGGAAAAGAAGAAAGAACGUGUGGAGGAGACCCACACCAAGUGCCAGAAGGAAAGAGAAGGGAGUAAUGACAAAAUAGGAGAAGAGGAAGGAGCCGUCGGAGGGGUUUUAGAGCCGAUUAUCCCGGUCGACCAAUGGGACGACAUAGCUAGCCUUGAGAGAAAAAGGGAACCCAAGAUGAACCCAAAUGUAGAGAUCGUCGUGCCAUAUCGUUGGCCACUACAACGAAAGAAGGGAGAGAGCAAGGAGGCUUUUCACAGUCGGUUAGCCGAGGAAGACUUAGAGAGAUUCCUCAGACAAAUGGAUAAACCGACAUCCUCAAAACUAGAAGAUCUCCGUUAUAAGCAGAGACAGGUUCUAAAGGAACGUUCCGGUGGUGUUUUACGGAAAGAGGAUAUAGAAAGUAGGCACCCGACGCCCCAGCGACCUCGUUCUCACACGCCACCAGGACCACCAAUCGUCCAAUGGAAACUGGCGCUGUGA